AGUCCAGUCUCACUCACACUCACUCUCAAGCUCAUUUUCAUUUUCAUGGCGUUUGAUCUCUCUCAUUUCUGAACAAACAAUUUCUCACAUUCGACCAUAAUAUGGCGGAAACGGCGAAAACAAUGCCGGAGAAGAAGAAAGAGCAAACUCUUCCAUUCUAUAAACUCUUUUCAUUCGCGGAUAAAUACGAUUACAUUCUCAUGAUCUCCGGCAGCAUCGGUGCCAUCAUUCACGGUUCCUCCAUGCCGUUCUUCUUCCUCUUGUUCGGUCAAAUGGUUAACGGUUUCGGUAAAAACCAGUCAGAUUUAUCCACCAUGACUCAUGAAGUCUCCAAGUAUGCUUUGUAUUUUGUUUACCUUGGGCUUGUUGUCUGCGUAUCUUCCUAUGCAGAGAUUGGAUGCUGGAUGUACACCGGAGAACGGCAAGUGAGUGCGUUAAGGAAGAGGUACUUAGAAGCAGUACUGAAACAAGACGUCGGAUUUUACGAUACAGAUGCGAGAACAGGAGAUAUUGUUUUUGGUAUUUCAACGGAUACUCUUCUUGUUCAAGAUGCCAUUAGCGAGAAGGUGGGGAACUUUAUCCAUUAUCUUUCCACAUUUUUGGCUGGAUUAGUGGUUGGUUUUGUGUCAGCGUGGAAGCUUGCUCUACUGAGUAUUGCUGUUAUUCCGGGUAUUGCAUUUGCGGGCGGCUUAUACGCGUAUACACUCACCGGUCUCACUUCGAAAAGCCGUGAAUCCUAUGCCAAUGCUGGCAUUAUCGCCGAGGAGGCUAUUGCACAAGUUAGAACUGUAUACUCAUAUGUUGGGGAAACGAAGGCGCUCAACUCGUACUCAGAUGCGAUACAGCAUACGCUCAAGCUCGGGUACAAGGCGGGAAUGGCAAAGGGGUUGGGUUUAGGAUGUACUUAUGGAAUCGCUUGCAUGUCUUGGGCACUUGUGUUCUGGUAUGCAGGCGUGUUUAUUAGAAACGGACAGACCGAUGGCGGAAAGGCGUUUACUGCCAUUUUCUCCGCCAUUGUUGGUGGCAUGAGUUUAGGUCAGUCGUUUUCGAAUAUAGGAGCUUUUAGCAAAGGCAAAGCAGCUGGAUACAAAUUGCUGGAAAUCAUCCAGCAAAAACCCACUAUAGCUCACAACUCUACAGAUGGGAAAUGUCUAGCAGAAGUCAACGGAAACAUUGAGUUCAAAGAAGUAACCUUUAGUUACCCGUCACGUCCGGAUGUCAUAAUAUUUAGAAAUUUCUCAAUUUUCUUCCCAGCUGGAAAGACGGUUGCUGUGGUCGGUGGCAGCGGGUCCGGGAAGAGCACUGUUGUUUCGUUAAUAGAACGGUUUUACGACCCUAAUCAAGGCCAGAUACUGAUAGACAAUGUGGACAUAAAAACGCUGCAACUUCGAUGGUUGCGUGAUCAGAUUGGCCUUGUGAACCAAGAACCCGCACUUUUCGCUACAACUAUACUUGAAAACAUACUUUACGGAAAAGCGGAUGCAACUAUGGCUGAAGUUGAAGCAGCUGCGUCUGCAGCCAAUGCUCACAGCUUCAUCACCCUACUUCCUAAUGGUUAUAACACUCAGGUUGGGGAGAGAGGAGUUCAGUUAUCUGGUGGUCAGAAACAAAGAAUCGCAAUAGCUAGAGCAAUGUUAAAGAACCCGAAGAUUUUACUUCUUGAUGAAGCAACCAGUGCCCUCGAUUCUGGUUCGGAAAGCAUCGUGCAAGAAGCUCUUGACCGUUUGAUGAUAGGAAGAACAACUGUGGUGGUUGCGCAUCGUCUUUCAACCAUAAGAAACGUUGAUUCAAUAGCAGUUAUCCAACAAGGACAAGUUGUCGAAACCGGGACCCACGAAGAACUCAUUUCAAAACCAGGACCCUACGCUUCGUUAAUUCGGUUUCAAGAGAUGGCGGGAAACCGGGAUUUCUCGAACCCUUCAACGCAUCGUACACGGUCAACACGGUUAAGUCACUCGUUGUCGACAAAGUCUCUCAGCCUCAGAUCGGGAAGCUUAAGAAACUUAAGCUACUCGUACAGUACCGGUGCAGAUGGUCGUAUUGAAAUGAUCUCAAACGCUGAAACAGAAAGAAAAAAUCCAGCACCUAGCGGUUACUUUUUCCGUCUUUUGAAACUGAACGCACCCGAAUGGCCUUAUUCAAUAAUGGGUGCUGUGGGAUCAAUUCUUUCCGGAUUCAUCGGUCCAACAUUCGCUAUUGUCAUGAGUAAUAUGAUCGAGGUCUUUUACUAUAAUAACCCUGCUAAAAUGGAAAGCAAGACUAAAGAGUGCGUUUUCAUCUACGUUGGAGCCGGUCUGUAUGCAGUGGUAGCAUAUUUGAUACAACAUUACUUCUUUAGUAUUAUGGGUGAGAAUCUUACUACUAGAGUAAGAAGGAUGAUGCUUGCAGCAAUCUUGAGGAAUGAAGUUGGAUGGUUCGAUGAGGAAGAGCAUAACUCGAGUCUAGUUGCAGCCCGGCUAGCCACGGAUGCUGCAGACGUUAAGUCUGCAAUCGCCGAGAGGAUAGCGGUUAUAUUGCAAAACGUGACGUCACUCCUUACAUCAUUUGUAGUUGCAUUCAUAGUGGAAUGGAGGGUUUCACUUCUAAUUCUUGGCACCUUCCCUCUGCUUGUCAUGGCAUAUUUUGCUCAGCAACUUUCGCUCAAAGGCUUUGCUGGUGACACAGCCAAGGCACACGCAAAAACUAGUAUGAUUGCAGGGGAAGGAGUAAGCAACAUCCGAACAAUCGCAGCGUUUAACGCCCAAGACAAGAUUCUAACAUUAUUCUCCAACGAACUUCGUGUCCCUCAAAGCCAAAGUCUUCGUCGUAGUCAAUUUUCCGGAAUCCUAUUCGGUAUUUCCCAACUCGCGCUCUUCUCAUCCGAAGCUCUAAUCCUCUGGUACGGUGCCCACCUCGUUAGCGUACACGUCUCCACCUUCUCCAAAGUCAUCAAAGUGUUUGUAGUCCUGGUCAUUACCGCUAACUCAGUAGCCGAAACAGUUAGCCUAGCCCCUGAAAUCAUCCGAGGUGGUGAAGCCAUCGGCUCGGUAUUUUCAGUUCUUGAUAGGUCGACUCGAAUUGACCCAGACGAUCCAGAUGCCGAGACUGUUGAAACAAUUCGAGGCGAGAUAGAGUUACGUCAUGUUGACUUUUCUUACCCGUCAAGACCCGAUGUGAUGGUUUUUAAAGACCUUAGUCUUAGAAUCCGUGCGGGCCAGAGUCAAGCCCUAGUUGGAGCCAGCGGUUCGGGUAAAAGUUCCAUAAUUGCGUUAAUAGAGCGAUUUUACGACCCGGCAGCUGGAAAAGUUAUGAUUGAUGGGAAAGACAUUAGACGGUUAAACUUACGGGCCCUUCGGGCCAAGAUCGGGCUGGUCCAACAAGAGCCCGCUUUAUUCGCAGCUAGUAUAAUGGAAAAUAUUGCUUAUGGGAAAGACGGUGCUACAGAGUCGGAAGUCAUAGAAGCAGCACGCGCAGCAAAUGUUCAUACAUUUGUGAGCGGUUUACCUCAAGGGUACAAAACGCCAGUUGGCGAAAGAGGGGUUCAGCUCUCAGGCGGCCAGAAACAACGAAUCGCUAUUGCUCGGGCUGUACUCAAAGAUCCAACAAUAUUGCUAUUAGAUGAAGCGACUAGUGCUCUAGAUGCUGAAUCCGAAUGUGUGCUUCAAGAGGCACUUGAAAGGCUCAUGAGAGGUCGAACCACGGUUCUAGUGGCGCACCGGUUAUCAACCAUACGUGGUGUGGAUAAUAUCGGGGUGGUUCAAGACGGUCGAAUUGUGGAACAAGGUAGCCAUUCGGAAUUGUUGAGCCGAGGUAGCGAUGGGGCUUACUUUAGGCUGUUGCAGCUACAACAGCAUCGAGCAUGAAUUAAAGAUUAUGUGGUAUAAGUUUAGUAAAUUAUGUGUAUGUGGUAUUAACCUAUUGUUUUAACUUAUAUUCGGGCUUUUAUAAGCCAAGUUUGGUUGAUAUAGCAAAAUAGUUUUUUCUUAAUAAAUGUUUGUAAUUUUAAGUUACCUAAAUAGAACAAUAUAAUAAAGUUUAUUUUUCACA